CGUGAAUUUUCCACUUGACCGUUGCCAUGGACACGUGCCGAUCGUCUACGUGGGAAGGACAAGAGUUCCCACGUCUUGCCGAUGGAAAGAGCGAGUCUAGUGUGAUGCGGUCCACCGAUCUGUUGGCUCUCAUCACGUCGUACCAGACAGGGGUUCCUGAAGAAGUGGUGGCGUUGAGUGCCGUCCUCAAACGUCGCCGCUUUCUACUCGACCUCCGCAAGGACUUUGAUGAGGUCGCUGCCGUCGUCGAGCCAUGGUAUCGCCAAUACCGCACGUCCCGACUGGACUAUCUGGCGUCAUGUCUGCCGCGACACGCGACAGGCAACCUGUUGAUAUGGGCGGCCGCCUCGGGGUCCGUGGACGUCGUGCGCUGGUUCGUGGAGGGGUGCCACGCUUCUUUCGAACGCUUUGAGAGCUCCCUUGAUGAAGCUGUCGCGUAUGGCCAGGUAGAGGUGGUUCAGUAUUUAGCGCAGCACAUCCCCUUGGAUAAAAACAGCAGAAAUAUCGAGCGGUGGAGCGUAGCCGCGCAGUACGGGCACCUGAACAUGGUUGAAUGGCUGGACGCACACAACGUUGGCGGGUGCACGCGGGACGUUGGGCAAUGCGCCGCGUGGAUGGGUCAUCUGGACAUUGUCCAAUGGGUCCAUGUGAAUCGACCUGAGCGAUGCUCUGCCAGCGAAUGCAUGGUGUUCGCUGCGUUGAAUGGCCAUGUAGAGGUCGUCCGAUGGCUCGAUGAGCGCAGCCCAACUGACGAAAGUGCGGCCAGAGACGCGAUGGAGACGGCCGCGAGACAUGGAUACGUGGACGUUGUGCGCCUCUUGCACACAAACCAUGCGCGGCUGAGCACGAUAGGAGCGAUGCAGGAAGCCAAGAACAACGGACAUCUCAACGUUGUGAAAUUUCUACAGAGCCCAUCCAACCUCUCGUGGCCACAACGAUAUACACAGAAGAGAACUACAGCGCAAUGAAUCAUAUAACACUUCGAACAAACUUGAUCGGUUGGUGGCUUGGGUUGAAUUACCAAUCUAACUUGGC